AUGAGCAUCCGGUGGACGAAGCCCGAGCUCAUCGGCGAUCUGCCGUGCGCCCGAUCCGGGCACACGCUCACGGCAGUUGGCUACAGGAACAUUCUGUUCGGCGGCGUGGGGCGCGUGGGCGGCAAGCCCCAGACGCUGAACGACGUGUACACCCUGGAGGCCGGGGCAGCCAACGAGGGUGCGGGCGUCACCUUCAAGCAGCUCAAGGUCCACGGCGCCAGCCCGCAGCCGCGCUCGAAGCACGUUGCGGUCGCCCUGGACAACACGCACCUCCUCGUCUACGGCGGGCUGAACCACAAGACCCGCCUGAACGACGUGUGGGUGCUGGACAUCAUCUCGGGCAAGUGGACCGAGGUGACGCCCGAGAAGGGCCCCGAGCCGCGGUCGCACACGGCGGCGAUGCUCGUGGACAAGAAGGUCUACAUGUUCGGCGGCUACGGGGGCUCCGGGCGCACGUUCGGCGACCUGUGGACGCUGGCGGUGCCCGACAAGGUGGAUGGCAGCGAGGCGUUCACGUGGUCCGAGGUGGAGCCGCAGGGCAAGGCCCCGUCGCCGCGGUUCUCGCACGCGAUGGCUUACUUCCCCGUGGACGGGCACUGGCGCCUGGCGGUGUCGGGCGGGCGCGACCUGAUGAGCAUCCACACCGACUCGUUCGUGCUGGACAUGGACACGGCGUCGUGGCUCGAGCGGCAGCUGCAGCCGCGGCAGGGCAUGGGCAAGAUGAACCUGCCGGUGUCCAACCACCUGUUCGACGCCAUCGAGUCGGUCCCGUCGUGGAAGAUCUUCACGCUGGGCGGCAAGCAGAGCACCAUGUCCUUCCUGGGGCAGGUGGAGGUGAUGGACGUGCAGGCGUCGCGCUGGACGACGCCCGAGGUGGCCGACUCGGCGGAGAUCCCCGAGGCGCGCGAGGACUCGGCGUGGGUGUACGACCCCAAGUCGUGCAGCCUGGUGGUCUUCGGCGGGUGGGCCAACCGCUGGCUGGGCGACGCGUGGCUGCUCAACGUGUCGCCGAUCAUCGGCCCGCCGUACGCGUGCACGGGCGUCACGCCCGCGGUCGGGCCCGUGUUCGGGUCGACCGAGGUCACCAUCAAGGGCCUGUCCUUCCGCGAGGGCAAGAUCGAGGUGCGCUUCGGGUCCGGGAAGAUGGCCGAGACGGUGCCCGGGAAGUUCGUCGACUCGGAGACCAUCGUGUGCAGCACGCCGAACUUCGAGGCGUACGGGGCCUACCCCGUGGACGUGCGCGUGAACAUUGGCGGCGACGGGUGGACGGUCAACAAGCUGAGCUUCAGCUACUUCGCCAACACCUCGGCGGCCAACUCGAUGGCGUUCGGGCCGGGCGUGGGGUCCACGGACGUGCGCCACUCGCUCAUCGCGGAGGACAAGGAGUACCCCAAGGUGGCCAGCUGCCUGGAGAUGCCCGUCCUCAUCCAGGCGCGCGACACGCUCAACGCCAAGCGCAGCACGGGCGCCGACCUCUUCGUCGUGACCGUCAAGUCCGAGGACGGCAAGGUCCAGGGCACCUCGCGCGUCGUGGACCUCGGCACGGGCGUGCACGAGGCCUUCUACACCGUCCCGGCCCCGGGGCGCUACGUCGUCGACAUCCGGCUGUACGACCCCUCGGCAGAGCCCGGCGACACGCAGCACGGCGAGGAAGCCGGCGCAGGCGCAGGCGCAGAGCGCUCGGCGGCGGCGAUGCUGCCCAUCCGCGGGUCACCCUUCACGGUGGACGCGGUGGACCCCUUCGCGUACGCGACGCUCAAGGGCGAGGCCCCCGAGGCGCGCGACGGCAUGACGGCCACGCCCAUCGGGCGGCAGGUGGUGGUGGUCGGCGCGGACGACGACGCGAAGCACGCGUACGUGCUGUGGGCCGAGGCCGAGCUGGCGGACUGGCACUGGGAGAAGGAGCCCGUGGACGGCGACGGGCCCGAGCACUCGCGGUUGCACCACACGUGUACGCUUGUCGGGAAGGACAAGCUGUUCCUGGCCGGCGGCAUCGACCCUGAGACCAAGACCGACACGCUCGACAUGUACUACAUCGAGAAGGACGAGCACGGGUGGACGUGGCACAGGCCGCCCAAGUUCGACCCCACGAACGUGGCGCACGCCGAGCCGUCCUUCAUUCAGGAGGGCGAGAUGGAAGGCGGCGACACCAUGCACGGCAGCGGCGAGGGCGACGAGGAGGCCAAGGGGGGCGAGGACGCCCCAGCGGAGAAUGGCGACGCCGAGAAGCCCGAGGGCGAGGACGCCCCCGCGGAGGACGGCGCCGCCGAGAAGCCCGAGGGCGAGGACGCGCCCGCGGAGGACGGAGCCGCCGAGAAGCCCGAGGGCGACGAGGGCGAGGGCGGCGACGAGGGCGAGGGCGGCGACGAGGGCGAGGGCGAGGGCGGCGCGGCCGAGGAGAAGCCCGAGAAGGUCCGCGUGCCACAGCCGGGCGACCAAGGGUCCGGGCGGUCGGCGCGCUCGCGCCACACGGGCAUCUCCAUCGACGGCGGCCUGCUGAUGCUGGCCGGGGGCGUGGAGCACGAGCACAUGGCCGGCUCGAUGGUGUCGUACGACCUGGAGGGCGUGGCGAAGGAGGCCGGCCUGGAGGGCGUCGACGUGCCGGCGCGGUGCGGCGCCGCUGGCACGCACGUGCCCGGGGAGGACGGCGGGCACUUGGUGCUGUUUGGCGGCGAGGGCACGGACCAGGACGGCGAGAAGAUGAUGCUGAACGACGUGGUGCUCCUGCAGCCGAAGAAGCAGUACGUGAACGCCGCGGGCCGCAUCCUGCAGCCCAAGUUCACCGUGUCGAUCCCCACGUUCGAGGGCGCGGUGCCGGCGCCGCGGAAGGGCGCGGUGAUGACCGUGAUCCGCGGCACACAGACGCUGCUGGUGUACGGCGGCGUCGGCGCGGACGGCGCCCUGCUGCACGACGCGUGGAUGCUGGACGUGGCGGCGCUGAAGUGGACCUUGGUGAUGCAGGGCGCGCCGGACGCGGUGGCGAACCCGACGGUGGGCGCGUUCAUCGGCACGCAGCUGGUGGUCAUGCAGGGCGACGCGGAGACGCGCAGCAAGGCGCUGACGAAGUGCGCAGUGCUGGACCUGGAGAAGUCGCGCGCCAGCUGGUCGUUCGUGGCCAAGAUGCGCAAGGACGUGGCCGGGCGGUUCGCGGCGCUGGACGAGUGGGUGGAGCGCCAGGGCGCGGGCCUGGACAUGGCGCUGAACGUGGAGUCGCUGUCGGACAGCAAGGACAAGCAGUACAAGGUGGCGGAGGCCAUGUACGAGGUGCUGGCGAAGAAGGAGUCGGUGGAGCUGGAGAUGGACGCGCUGGCGGAGGUGUGCUCGCAGCUGUCGCGCGGCGGCGUACCGACGAAGAAGGAGGAGUCCGAGCUGGCCGACCUGCAGGAGCGCUGGCAGGAGAUCAAGAAGGACGCCGUGGGGCAGGUGCUGAAGGACUUCGAGCCGUUCAAGAAGCAGCUGGUGGACGAGCUGCGCGACUCGUGCAAGGACUUCGAGCGCGGGAAGCUGCGGCAGUUCGCCAAGGCCUUCACGGAGCAGCCCUUCUUCAAGUACAUGCCCGAGCGCGAGAAGGCCAUCCCGAUGCUGGACCAGACGAAGGAGGACCUGCUGAAGCUCAAGCAGGAGAUCCUCGGCCUGCAGGGGUACGCGCACUGGUUCGCGAUCCCGGAGAUCGUGGAGCCGUCGGUGAACCAGAUCAACAACCAGCUGACGGACAUCAAGUCGAUGCGCGACCUGUGGAGUCUCGCGGUGACGGUCGAGAACCAGUUCACGGCGUGGCGGCAGACGCUGUGGUCGGACGUGAACUGCGAGGAGAUGGAGGACGGCGUCAAGGCCUUCGUGAAGAAGAUCAAGGCGCUGGACAAGCGAAUCAAGGACACGGCCGCGUACCAGGGCCUGGACCAGUCGGCGAAGAACUUCAUGACCUCGGUGCCGCUGGUGGCGGACCUGCGGUCGGACGCGAUGCGCCCGCGGCACUGGGACCAGCUCAUGGAGGCCACGUCGAAGAAGUUCGUCAUCGACGACAAGUUCAAGCUCGACGACCUGCUCGCGCUCGAGCUGCACAAGUUCGAGGAGGAGGUGGGCGAGAUCGUGGAUUGCGCGCAGAAGGAGGAGAAGAUGGAGCAAAACCUGGCCAAGCUGGACGAGUCGUGGGCCAAGGUCGAGAUGGUGUUCGCGCAGCACAAGAACUCGGACGUGCACACGGCCAAGCUCGGCGAGGACGACUUCGAGGCGCUCGAGGACAACCAGGUGCUGGUGCAGGGCAUGAUGGCCAACCGGUACAUGGCCACCUUCCGCGACCGCAUCCUCGGGUGGAACCAGCGCCUGAUGAACGUGUACGACGUCAACCAGCUGCUGACGGAGAUCCAGCGCACGUGGGCGCACCUCGAGUCGCUGUUCAUGGACUCGGAGGAGGUGAAGAAGGAGCUCCCGGAGGCCACCGAGCGCUUCGUGGGCAUCGACCGCGACGUGCGCGCCAUCCUGCGCGACAUGUUCGCCACCAAGAACGCCGUGGCGUGCUGCAACAAGGAGGGCCUCAUCGCACGCCUGGAGAAGCUGCAGAGCCAGCUCGAGCUGUGCGAGAAGGCGCUGCUCGAGUACAUGGAGGCCAAGCGCCGCGCCUUCCCGCGGUUCUACUUCGUGUCGCAGAACGACCUCCUGGACAUCCUGUCCAACGGCAACAACCCCGUCAAGGUCAUGAAGCACACGUCCAAGAUCUUCCAGGCCAUCGACUCGCUCAAGCUCGACACCAGCGACCCGCCCGCGGGCCAGCGCCCCAAGGGCCUGGGCAUGAAUUCAUGCGUGGGCGUGGAGUACGUGGCCUUCAAGACGCCGCUGCCGCUCGAGGGCAAGGUGGAGCACUACAUGAACGACAUGAUCAAGAAGAUGCGCGACGAGCUCCGCGUGAUCCUGUCGGACUCCGUGGCGGCGUACCCGAAGAAGGCGCGCCACGAGUGGCUGUUCGACUGGCCCUCGCAGAUCAUCCUGGUGGUCAACCAGAUCUUCUGGUGCCAGGAGGUGGAGAAGGCCUUCACGGACAUGAAGUCGCAGAAGGGCGCGCUGGCCAAGUACAACGAGUUCCAGGUCGACCAGCUGACGAAGCUCAUCGAGGUCACGCGCACCGACCUGGCCAAGCCCGACCGGCAGAAGGUCAUGAACAUGAUCACCAUCGACGCGCACUCGCGCGACAUCAUCGCGCAGAUCGUCGAGUCCGGCGCGGACGCGGCCGACUGCUUCCAGUGGACCAUCCAGCUCCGGACCUACUGGCAGCAGGACAUCGCCGACUCCCGCAUCCGCAUCUGCGACGCCGUGUUCCCCUACGGCUACGAGUACCUCGGCAACGGCCCGCGCCUCGUCAUCACGCCGCUGACGGAUCGCAUCUACAUCACGGCCACGCAGGCCUGCUGGUUGUGCAUGGGCACGGCGCCCGCGGGCCCCGCCGGCACGGGCAAGACGGAGACCACCAAGGACCUGUCGGCGCAGCUGGGCAAGUCGAUCUACGUCUUCAACUGCGCGCCCGAGAUGGACUACCGCACGCUGCAGGCCAUCUUCAACGGCCUCGCCGCGUCGGGCUCGUGGGGUUGCUUCGACGAGUUCAACCGCCUGGUGCCGGAGGUGCUGUCGGUGUGCAGUGUGCAGUACAAGUGCGUCAUCGACGCGCAGCGUAAGAAGGCCGCGCUCCCCGGCCGCGGCCUGGAGUACAUCGACAAGGAGGGCAAGAAGCACCCCGCCAUCGACUCGUGGACGUACCUCACUGCCGAGGGAAUCGAGAUGCCGCUCGAGGAGGGCUGCUCGGCGUUCAUCACCAUGAACCCGGGCUACAUCGGGCGCGCGGAGCUCCCCGAGUCGCUCAAGGCGCUGUUCCGGCCCAUCACCGUGGUGGUGCCCGACCGGCAGCUCAUCAUGGAGAACAUGCUCAUGGCGGAGGGCUUCGUCGAGGCCAAGAUGCUCGCGAAGAAGUUCGCCGCGCUCUACUACCUCCUCGAGGACCUCCUGUCGCCGCAGAAGCACUACGACUGGGGCCUGCGCGCCAUCAAGUCGGUGCUGGUCGUGGCCGGCUCGCUGCUGCGUGCCGAGGAGGGGCAAGUCGAGGCGGACGUGCUGUACCGCGCCCUGCGCGACUUCAACAUCCCCAAGAUCCUCGCGCAGGACAUGGUGGUGUUCAUGGGCCUGCUGACCGACCUGUUCCCGGGCAUUGACCCCCCGCGCAAGCGCGACCCGGAGUUCGAGCGCGUGAUCGUCGAGGAGGCCGAGAAGCUCGGGCUCACGGCCGAGGACGACUUCGUGCUGCGCGUGGUGCAGCUCUCGGAGCUGCUGGCCAUCCGGCACUGCGUCUUCUUGAUGGGCCCCACGGGCAGCGGGCGCACGGAGGUGUACCGCACGCUGGCCAAGGCCAUCACGACGGGCACGGACGAGCCGCAGAACGACUACCUGAAGAUGUUCAACCGCAUGCGCGUGCACGUCAAGGACCUCAACCCCAAGUCGGUGUCGACGCAGGAGCUGUACGGGUUCGUCAACAUGGCCACGCGCGAGUGGAAGGACGGCCUGCUGUCGUGCUUCAUGCGCGACUUCGCCAACAUGGAGGGCGAGGACCCGAAGUGGCUGCUCCUGGACGGCGACCUCGACGCCAACUGGAUCGAGUCGAUGAACUCCGUGAUGGACGACAACCGCCUGCUGACGCUCCCGUCGAACGAGCGCAUCCGCGUGACGCCGUCGAUGAAACUGAUCUUCGAGAUCCGCGACCUCAAGUUCGCCACGCCCGCCACGGCUACGCGCGCGGGCAUCUUGUACGUGUCGGAGGCGCAGCAGUGGCACAACAUGACCAUGUCGUGGUGCGAUCGCACCAUCCCGGGCUUCGCGGAGAAGGCCAAGCUCAAGGACGGCGACAAGGUGCUGACGACGAUCAAGGGCCUGUUCGAGAAGUACGUGCCGGACACCAUCUUCGAGAUGAAGAAGUCGUACCAGCACAUCACGCCACUCAACACCAUGAACUGGGUCACGUCGCUGGUCAACAUCCUCGAGGGCUGCUACACGCCCGCCAACAUCGGCGCCGGGUCGGACCCCGGCAUCUACGAGCUGUACUUCGUGUUUGCCAUGAUCUGGGCCUUUGGCGGCGCGCUGUGCGAGAAGGACGGCAUCAACUACCGGAAGAACUUCGACCGGUGGUGGAAGUCCAAGUUCACCACGGUGCGGUUCCCGGGCAAGGGCACGGUGUACGACUUCUUCGUGGACGCCAAGAAGGCCAAGUUCGGCAACUGGUCGGACUUGGUGGAGGAAGUGUCGUUCAACUCGAAGACGACGGGCAUGGGCUCGGUGUUCGUGCCGACGCCCGAGACCUCGUCGCUGUCGUUCUUCCUGGACAUGAUGAUCGACGCCAAGAAGCCCAUCAUGUUCGUGGGUGGCGCGGGCGUGGGCAAGACGCAGCUGGUCAAGGGCAAGCUCGACGGGCUGGACCUCGAGGAGUACGUGUCGCAGGGCAUCAACUUCAACUACUUCAGCGACGUGAGCGCCAUCCAGAAGAUCAUGGAGAGCCCGCUGGAGAAGAAGGCCGGCAUCAACUACGGGCCGCCGGGGCAGAAGAAGCUGGUGUACUUCGUUGAUGACAUGAACAUGCCCAAGCUCGACCCGUACGAGACGGCCAUGCCCAUCUCGCUCAUCCGGCAGCACCUGGGCUGGGGCCACUGGUACGACCGCGCCAAGCUGACGCAGAAGAACAUCAACGGGACGCAGUACGUGGCGUGCAUGAACCCCACGGCGGGGUCGUUCAUCAUCAACCCGCGCCUGCAGCGCCUGUUCAUGACGCUCGCCAUGGACUUCCCCAGCCAGGAGUCGCUCAUGAGCAUCUACGGCACCUUCCUGCGCGGGCACCUCCAGCACUUCGACGCGUCCGUCCAGGAGCUCGAGACCAAGCUCCUGCAGGCCGCGCUCGCGCUGCACGAGAAGGUCUCGACGACGUUCCGCAAGACGGCCAUCAACUUCCACUACGAGUUCACCGUGCGGCACCUUGCCAACGUCUUCCAGGGCCUCCUCAUGUCCACGCCGGACCAGUUCAGCACCGCGAACAAGUUCGUCAAGCUCUGGCUGCACGAGUCGGAGCGCGUGUACUCGGACCGCCUGGUGUCGCCCGACGACCUGCAGGCCUACCAGAAGGCCACGGAGGCCAUCACGCGCCGGUUCUUCAGCGACGCGGACGACAUCGGCGAGUACUUCAAGAAGGAUGGCGGGAAACCGCUCAUCUUCAGCCACUUCGCGCACGGCAUGGGCGAGAAGCUGUACGACUCGAUCGACACGUACGACCGCCUGUCCAAGCUCCUCACGGACGCGCUGAAGGAGUACAACGAGACGAACCCGGUGAUGGACCUCGUCCUGUUCGAGGACGCAAUGAAGCACGUGUGCCGCAUCAGCCGUAUCAUCUCGAACGUCGGCGGCCACGCCCUGCUGGUGGGUGUGGGCGGGUCCGGCAAGCAGUCGCUGUCGCGCCUGGCGGCGUACAUGUGCGGCUACUCGACGUCGAUGAUCGUCAUCUCGGGCAACUACGGCCUGAACAACUUCCGCGAGGACCUGCAGAAGAUGUACAAGAAGGCGGGCGUGAAGCAGGAGGGCAUCGCCUUCCUGUUCACGGACUCGCAGAUCGUGGACGACCGCAUGCUGGUGUUCAUCAACGACCUGCUGUCCUCGGGCGAGAUCCCCGACCUGUUCCCGGUGGAGGACCGCGACGAGAUCAUCAACCAGAUGCGCGGCGAGACCAAGGGGCGCGGGCUGGUCGACACCAACGAGAACUGCUGGGCCACCUUCAUCCAGUGCGUGCGCGAGAACCUGCACAUGUGCUUCACCGCUUCGCCCGUCGGCGACAACUUCCGCGUCCGCUCGCAGCGCUUCCUGGCCACCAUCAACUCCACGGUGAUCGACUGGUUCCAGCCGUGGCCCGAGCGCUCCCUGCACUCGGUCGCGCGCAAGUUCCUCGACGAGGUCAAGUUCGUGAACGACCAGAUCAAGUCCGCCGCCGUCGAGUUCAUGCCCUUCUCGUUCAGCAGCGUCAACGCCAUGUCAAAGACGUUCCUCGAGCGCGAGCGGCGGUUCAACUACACCACGCCCAAGUCUUUCCUCGAGCUGAUCAAGCUGUACAAGUCCCUGCUCGCGAACAAGCGGCAGACGGUGUCGGAGGGCAUCGAGCGCCUGGAGGUGGGUCUGGAGAAGCUCAACAAGACCAAGGCCGAGGUGGACGUGCUGAUCGAGGAGGCCAAGCAGAAGGCGGUCGAGGUGGAGCAGAAGGUGGAGAGCGCGAACAAGUUCGCGGAGGAGGUGGGCGUCGAGAAGGAGAAGGUCAACAAGGAGAACGAGUCCGCGCAGGUCGAGGCGGACAAGUGCGCGGAGAUCCAGGCCGAGGUGUCCAAGAUGCAGACGGACGCGCAGGCGGAGCUCGCGCUGGCCGAGCCCGCGCUGGCCGAGGCCGAGGCCGCGCUGAACACGCUCGACAAGAAGGACUUGCAGAACCUCAAGGCGCUGAAGAAGCCGCCCGCGGGCAUCGACGACGUGACGGCGGUGUGCCUCAUCCUGCUCGAGGGCAACCCGAAGGACAAGUCCUGGGGCGCCGCGCAGAAGGCGCUGUUCGGCGUGUCGGCGGACGUGCUCAUCUCGCGCCUGAAGGGCUACAAGGACAAGAUCGACGGCGGGGAGGUGCCGAAGAAGAUCGUGGACGCGUGCCGGCCGUACCAGGAGCUCGAGCACAUGAAGCCGGAGUUCGACAUGACGAAGAAGUCCACCGCCGCGCAGGGCAUCCGCGACUGGGCCAACGCCAUCAUCAAGUACUACGACGUGGUGUCCAAGGUCGAGCCGCUCAAGCAGGCGCUCGCGGAGGCCAACGAGCGCCUCGAGAGCGCCAACACCGCGCUCGCGGCCAUCCAGGAGAAGGUCGCCGAGCUGAACGCCAUGGUGGCGGAGCUCGAGCGCCAGUUUGACGAGGCCAACGCCGACAAGGAGGCGGCCAUCCUGGAGAAGGAGCGGUGCGACCGGAAGCUCAACCUCGCGAACCGCCUCAUCAGCGCGCUGGCGUCUGAGGGCGAGCGCUGGGCGGUGACGGUCGAGGAGCUGAAGCGGUCGUAUGCCGUGCUGACGGGCGACAUGCUGCUGUCGGCCGCGUUCGUGUCGUACGCCGGGCCGUUCACGAGCAAGUACCGCCAGGAGCUGACGAAGACGUGGAUGAACUGGCUGAAGGAGAAGGCGCUGCCGAUGACGGAGGGCAUCACGGACCCGCUCAAGGUGAUGGUGGACGACGCGGCCAUCGCCGGGUGGGUGUCGGAGGGCCUGCCGUCGGACCCGACGUCGGUGCAGAACGGCACGAUUCUGACGAACUCGGAGCGGUGGCCGCUGAUGAUGGACCCGCAGCUGCAGGGCAUUGCGUGGAUCAAGGAGCGGGAGUCGAAGAACAACCUGCAGGUGCUGCGCAUGGGCGCGCCGUCGAUGAUGGUGGCGAUGGAGCGCGCGAUCGAGGCCGGGCACUCGGUGCUGAUCGAGAACAUGGCCGAGACGAUCGACGCGGUGCUGACGCCGGUCAUCACGCGCUCGACGUACAAGAAGGGCCGCUCGUUCUACGUGAAGAUCGGCGACAAGGACGUGGAGUACAACAAGAACUUCCGCCUCUUUCUGCACACGAAGCUGUCCAACCCGCACUACCCGCCGGAGGUCCAGGCCGAGACCACGCUGAUCAACUUCACGGUCACGGAGAAGGGCCUUGAGGACCAGCUGCUGGCGCUGGUGGUGAACAAGGAGCGCCCGGAGCUGGAGUCGACCAAGACGCAGCUGAUCGUGCAGAACAACGAGUUCACCAUCCGCCUGAAGGAGCUCGAGGACUCGCUGCUCUACAAGCUGUCGACGGCGCAGGGGGACAUCACCGAGGACGUGGCGCUCAUCGAGUCGCUCGAGGAGUCGAAGCGCGUGGCCGACGACAUCACGGAGAAGGUCGCGGAGGCCAAGGAGACGGAGACGAUCAUCAACGAGGCCCGCGAGAAGUACCGCCCUUGCGCGGCGCGUGGUGCCAUGCUCUUCUUCCUGCUCAACUCGCUGGGCAAGAUCCACGCUUUCUACCAGUUCUCGCUCAACGCGUUCGUGUCGGUGUUCUCCCGCGGCAUCGACAUGACGGGCCUCGACGACGGCGUCAGCAUCGCCAAGGCGCGCUUCAUGAACGCCGCGCGCAAGGUCAUUUCCGGGCAGUCGUUCGACUGGAACGUCGACAUGAUCAAGACGAUGACGCCCAAGAUCUCCGACCUCAAGCACAAGCACGACGAGGCGCUCAAGGAGUCGGGCAAGACGGUCGACCAGGAGGAGGUGGUCAAGAUCGACCUCGACGACCUGAAGAAGAAGGAGCUCGCGCCCGAGGAGCUGCAGGCGCGCCUCACCGCGCUGCUCGAGAGCACGACGUACACCGUCUUCGAGUACACGCGCCGCGGGCUGUUCGACCGCGACAAGCUCACCGUGGCCUCGAUGCUGGCCUUCAACAUCCGCCUGCGCGCGGGGGCGAUCGAGGCGGACGAGUACGAGGCCCUGACGCAGGGCAUCAAGUCCACGAACCCGCCGCCGAUCACGGACGAGCUCUCGCACUGGCUCACGGACACGCAGUGGGCCGCGCUCGACCCCGUGAACAAGCUGGGCGCCUUCUCCGCGCUGACGCGCGACAUGGAGAAGCACAGCAGCAAGUGGCAGAGGUGGUGCGAGCUGGAGGCGUGCGAGAAGCACGACAUGCCGGGCGAGUGGGGCAAGCUGUCGCCCUUCCGCCGCCUGCUCAUCAUCCGCGCCCUGCGGCCCGACCGCGUGACCAACGCGCUGAGCCGGUACGUGGAGCAGGAGAUGGGCGACAAGUACAUCAACCAGAUGGCCUUCCGCGCGAAGGACGUGAUCAUGGAGUCGCUCCCUUCGACCCCGAUCUUCUUCAUCCUGUUCCCCGGGUACUCCCCGUCCAAGGAGAUCGAGGCGGAGGCGAAGAACUUCGGCAAGGACGUGGAGAACGGCAAGCUCACCAUCAUCUCCAUGGGGCAGGGGCAGGAGAAGCCCGCGGAGCAGUGCCUCGACAAGUACAUGCAGGAGGGCGGCUGGGUGUUUUUGGACAACGUGCACCUCAUGCAGAACUGGAUCCCGUCGCUGGAGCGCAAGCUCGAGCUGGCCGCGGAGAGCGCGCACGAGGAGUUCCGGUGCUUCUUCAGCGCGGAGCCCAUCAACGGCGCGCCCCAGGCCAAGAUCAUCCCGGAGUCGAUCCUGCAGGGGUGCAUCAAGGUGUCCAACGAGCCGCCCGCGGACAUGAAGUCCAACAUGCGGCGCGCGCUCGCGGCCUUCUCCCAGGAGGACGUGGACCGCCUCUCGGACGAGACCAAGCAGACGGCGUACAAGUCGAUCCUGUUCGGGCUGUGCUUCUACCACUCGCUGCUGCUGGGCCGCAAGAAGUUCGGCACGGGCAUCGGGACCGGGUCCGGGUCCGGGAUGGGCUUCUGCCGGAACUACUCGUUCAACAUGGGCGACCUCGUCACGUGCGCGGACGUGCUCCGGAACUACCUGGAGGGCAACGCGGAGGUGCCGUGGGCCGACCUGCGCUACAUGUUCGGCGAGGUGUUCUACGGCGGGCACAUCACGGACGACAUGGACCGCCGGUGCUGCAACACCUACCUCGAGGUCCUCGUCAAGCCCGAGAUGCUCCCCCAGGGCGACAACCCGCCCACGCUGGAGCUGGCGCCAGGCUUCAAGGCCCCCCCGCCGGAGUCGUACGCGAGCCUGUGCGCGUACGUCGAGAGCGCGCUCCCGGACGAGUCCCCCGUGGUGUACGGGAUGCACCCGAACGCGCAGCUCUCGCUGCUCACCGCGCAGGGCGAGACGCUCUUCAAGACGGUCACCGACGUCUCCGGCAGCGGCGGCAGCGGCGGCGGCGGCGGCGGCGAGGACCGCGUGCGCCGCGGCGUGCAGGAGUUCAUCGAGCUGCUCCCCGAGGCGUUCAACAUGGUGGAGAUCGAGGCGGCGGUCAAGGAGAAGACGCCGUACAUCAUGGUGGCGCUGCAGGAGUCGGUGCGGAUGAACGGGCUGCUGGGCGAGAUGCGGCAGUCGCUCGAGGAGCUGCAGCUGGGGCUCGACGGCGCGCUGAACAUGUCGGAGCGCAUGGAGCUGCUCGCACGCGGCAUCGCGACCAACACGGUGCCCGCGCGGUGGAUGGCGGCCAUGUCGACGCGCAUCCAGGAGGUGUACUCGCUGUCGGCGUGGUUCCAGGACGUCCUGCGGCGCGUGGACCAGCUCCGCGGGUGGACGGCCGGCAACAUCGUCACGCCCAAGUCGGUGUGGCUGCCGGGGCUGUUCAACCCCAAGGCCUUCGUGACGGCCGUGAUGCAGACGUACGCGCGCGCGCACAAGCUGCCGCUCGACGUGAUGAAGUUCAUGACCGACGUGACCACCAAGACGCCCGAGCAGGUCUCGGACGCGGCCGACGUGGGCUGCUACGUGCACGGCCUCUGCAUGGAGGGCGCGCGCUGGGACAAGGCCGAGGGCAUCCUCGCUGAGUCCCACCCCAACGAGCUGCACCCGGUCAUGCCCGUCAUCCAGAUCCGCCCCGUCACCGUGGAGGACUACUCGCUCGACGGCUACUACCUGUGCCCUGUGUACACCAACAUGCAGCGCGCCAACGUCUACUGCCCCAUCGUGUCCUCCUUCACCCUCAAGUCCAAGGACAACCCCGCCAAGUGGGUCCUCGCGUCCGUCGCGCUCCUCCUCCAGGACGACCUCGCGUAA